AUGCUCCCAAAGUACCAUCAGCAGUUUCACCAUCAGAAUCUGUUCGCGGGCGCUGGCGCGUCGCCUAUAGAGGCGUCGCUGUCUUCUUCACUGUCGUCGUCGUUAUCGACGUCGUUGUCAUCUUCGCUAUCGGGCGGACUGGGGGCGGCAGCGCUUGGUGCGGGCUCGCCGGGCGCUGGAAGCCCGCAGCGCUCGUCGUCGUCAUCGUCCGCGUCGCCAGGGGCGCCAGCAAGGAUGUACCCUUACGUAUCGCACCAUCAGCAGUUCGGAGGCUCAGUGCCGUUUUCGGCGGGCGCAGGAUUGGCGGACGACAAGAGUUGCAGAUACCCAACGGCAGUUGGGGGUGAUCCAAUGGUGAACUAUGCUUUGGGUCAGCAUAAUGGAGGCGCGGCUGUUUCGGCAGCGUCCGCGAGUAUGGCGGCGGCCGCACAGUUCUACCACCAAGCAGCAGCUUCAGCGGCAUCUGCGGCGUCUGCAGCGACGGUGGAUGCGAUGGGAACGUGCGCUCAGCCGUCAGCGCAGCCUCUACCUGACAUACCACGUUAUCCGUGGAUGUCCAUCACUGGUAAAUGUUUCACAUUUUGA